AUGGCGACCAAAGUUUAUAUCGUGUACUACUCCAUGUACGGUCAUGUGGAGAAAUUAGCACAAGAGAUAAGGAAUGGUGCUGCUUCUGUUGAAGGAGUUGAAGCCAAACUGUGGCAGGUACCUGAGACGCUCCCAGAAGAAGUGCUGUCUAAAAUGAGUGCGCCGCCAAAGAAUGAUGCUCCUAUUAUCACUCCCAACGAGCUCGCUGAGGCUGAUGGGUUUGUCUUUGGUUUUCCAACAAGGUUUGGUAUGAUGGCUGCUCAGUUCAAGGCAUUCUUGGAUGCAACCGGUGGCCUUUGGAGAACUCAGCAACUCGCUGGUAAGCCAGCCGGAAUCUUCUACAGCACAGGGUCUCAAGGUGGUGGUCAAGAAACCACCGCUUUAACCGCCAUUACUCAGCUGGUGCAUCACGGGAUGAUAUUUGUCCCGAGCGGGUACACAUUUGGUGCCGGUAUGUUUGAGAUGGAGAAGGUGAAAGGUGGAAGCCCGUACGGGGCGGGAACAUUCGCUGGAGACGGGUCGAGACAGCCAACGGAGUUAGAGAUGGAGCAAGCAUUUCAUCAGGGGAAGUACAUCGCAGCCAUAAGUAAGAAGCUCAAGGGACCUGCUGGUGCUUAG